UGGUAGGUUAGAACGAUUCAUAGGGCACACCAGAGAUACGCUGCUGCCCGGCGUAAGGAAUAUCUAGUGAACGGGAUUGUUUGACAGGAGCAAAAUGCCAGUUCACUCGAGAGAGAAGAAGGAGAGUAAUCACAAUGACAUGGAGGUGGAUUACCCGGAGAAUGAGGGUAGCAGUACUGAGGAAGAGGACACAGAUAGCUCUAGCGGGAGCGAAGAAGGAGAUAGCUCCGAAAUGGAUGAUGAAGAUUGUGAGAGACGCAGAAUGGAAUGCCUAGAUGAAAUGUCAACCCUUGAGAAACAGUUUACAGAUUUAAAAGAUCAACUUUACAAGGAACGUCUGAGCCAAGUGGAGGCCAAACUACAAGAAGUGAUUGCUGGGAAAGCACCGGAGUACCUAGAACCAUUAGCAGCCUUACAGGAAAACAUGCAAAUUCGAACAAAAGUGGCAGGAAUAUACCGUGAGCUGUGUUUGGAGUCUGUGAAGAACAAACAUGACUGUGAAAUUCAAGCAGCACGCCAGCACUGUGAGAGUGAGAAAUUGUUGCUGUAUGACACAGUACAGGGCGAAUUGGAGGAGAAAAUUCGUCGACUGGAAGAAGAUCGGCAUAAUAUUGAUAUUACCUCUGAGCUUUGGAAUGAUGAAAUACAGUCUCGACGAAAAAGGAAAGAUCCAUUCAGCCCUGAAAAAAAGAAGAAGCCUGUAGUGGUUUCUGGUCCAUAUAUAGUUUACAUGCUGCAGGACUUAGAUAUACUUGAAGACUGGACAACAAUUAGAAAGGCCAUGGCUACAUUGGGACCUCACCGAGUAAAACCAGAAGUUCCAGUAAAACUGGAGAAGCAUCUGCACAGUGCCAGAUCAGAAGAAGGUCGACUACACUAUGAUGGAGAAUGGUACGGCCGAGGGCAAGCAAUCUGCAUUGACAAAAAGGAUGAGUACCCAACCAGUGCCAUUAUAACAACAAUAAACAGUGACGAAGUUUGGUUUAAAAGACAAGAUGGCAGUAAAUCCAAACUGUAUAUUUCACAACUACAGAAAGGGAAAUACAGCAUCAAGCACAUCUGAGUUCUGAUUGUCACUAAGGAUAUUCAUUCAAUGCUUCUUUCUUUUGUGGCGGAAGGAUAUAAACUGUGCCAUGCCAUGGAAUUGUGGAAUAUAUAUUUAAGUACUUUCUGUUGUACUUGCAAGUAUUAUUUGGACUUUAUAUGUGAGUGUGUAGUGAGUGGUUUCAUGAUUGUAUGUAUGUUUCAAUCAUAUCUGUAUUUCAAGAUAAUCAUUAGCGGAUUUAGAUAUUUGUAUUUACCUUGUCUUGGUUACAAUUACUUAAAUACCUCCUGACCUCAUUGAUUGCCAAAUCCCAUAAAUGUGUGGCCAAAGGCAAACUUUCUUGGGAGUUUAUAAUGAUAUGAUAAUGUUCCAAGUUUUCUUCUGGGUUUGCACUUAAACUGUCGUAACAGAUGCAAGUAGUUUAUUAAUGCACAUCAGAAAUAUUUUUCUGAUCUGCUUUAUCAGUUAUUGUAAAUCUGUUGCAGUAUUAACCAUAUGACUUUAUUACUUUGAAUAUAUAAGUAUUUCCACAUGUUUACAGAUACAUUUAAAUCCAUUUUAUUUUUAUGAAUGGCCUUAUCUAACUUGUUAAAAUAAUAGCAAAGGGCUGUUUGACAAAUUGGAGGCAUCAUUGCUGGUUGUUAAUGAUUUUAUAUUGUGAAGCUGUGGUGCUUUUUUUCACUUGUUCAUAUAUGUACAGUUUGUACAAAGCUAUCAAAGUUCACAAAUCUAUGGUGUGACCAAUACCAAGGAAGAACUGGGUAGGCUUAUUAUGUUCUCUAUACAUUUCAUCCUAAUGUGCCAUAGCGAAACUAUUAUAUAUAAUAAAAGGAACUUGUAUUCAAGAUUUAUUUGCAUGGGCGGCAUUAGAAAAUAAUGAUUACAAAAUAGUUCAUAUGUUGACUUUUCUAAUCCUAGGGACUGGUUAUAAGACUAAUACUCGUUAUGUUAUAUUUGAUGAUUAGGUUUAAAAUUUGUUGAAAUUACAUCUUUUAAAUGCAACUUAUUGCAGACUUUUUUUUAAUUGCAGAUUUCAUUUUUAUGUUACCUAUGUUAAAAGUACUUUAGGCUUAACUGGAACAGAAACCUCUGCUGUUUUACUACGUAUGCAAUUCCUCUCAUAAUGUAUGGAUCACUCGAUACUCGCACCAUACAUUUGUGAAUGAAGCUAUUACAUCAUCUUUAUUCACCAAAUAGAAACUGGACUCAAACCAACAAAGCUGCUGUGUAAUAGUGAAACAAUUAGUCAUGUUGUUUUAGCAACUGCAGUGCAAUAUUUUACAAUGCAAGUGUUGCUUCUCAGUAAAUUUGUGCCAAGACACUUUUUUUUUUGUUACUUUAUACAUAUACAGUAUAUAAAUAUAUAAAAGCACCUAUUACUGAUAACUACGUUAACAUUGUAUUUACGUGUAGUAAACAAGUUAUUCAUAUAUGUCCUCAGACUUGGGCAUUUUUCAAAUUAAAAUUUAUUUGAAGACGCUUUCAAAUGCUUUCCUUGCUUUAAAUUAUCGAUUUUACAAAAAAAAUUCUUCAUAUUAUGAUUUACAUGCAAAUUAAACUUAUCGGUCAUUUUAAAGGGAUAGAAUUUUAAAUAAAAUCAUUUUCGCAAUAUACUUCUAUUAGGAAAAAAUGCUUCUAGUAAAACGUAUUACUGUUUCAGCGGCAUACGAACAUAUGCUAUGUGUGACUAAAGGAUCAGACAUCAAACACCUUGUCUGUUCAGAAAGCUGGUUGUGUUUUGUGUAUUGCUUCAGUGAAGACUUAAUUUGUGUCGUACGAGCCACUACUUACUCUCUGGGAACGUGUGGUGUUUUUGUAUACUGGGGCAUAAGGCACUUACAGCUUUUGUGCGUAUGCUACUGAAAUAAAAAGUACUAACUUUUACUAGAAGUAUGCUUUUAAUUAAAAUUGCACUCAUGCACAAUUCAAUUCUUUACCAUUCUACCCCUUUAAGCCUUUUUUUAGGGCUGUCUGUGUUAUUUCAACCAUGAUGAUAAAGUUAGCAGUAAAGUACUCUUGAAAGUUUUUGCAUGAACAAAUAUUUUAUUUUACUAUUUAAUGUUUAACUUUUCCCAUUUGAUCUGAUUGGAAUUCUUGGGUCUGUUUAAUGCUCUAGCUUAUCAAUGCUGAUGAGAUAAGACAUUAUUCCUCUCUUUUAAUGGGGUUAUCCUUCAUGUAACACAAAACUCUGUUAUGGUGGUAUAUGUUUAGUUUUCAACAUAAAUUAAAUACCAUAAUAAAAUA